AUGAAGCUCCUCUCAUCAUGCAGUGAAAACAUGGAUCAAAUGCAAUCUCGUGAGGGGAUCUCAUCAUUCGAUGAGCUGGUGAAGAAUGAAUCCUUGCUGCAAAUUGGUUCAUCAUUUAUGUCUCCGAGAACUUUCUCAUCAAGAUGCUGGCAACUUAUGUUUAAUCUUAUUAUGAUAAUUUUGAUCCUUACAAAACCUGAUGAGGGGUUCUUCUUCUUCUGCAGUCGUACCUUCUUGUCAAUCAUGGGUGGAGUGGUUGCCGGAAUUUGGGGUUUUACAGGCUUAAUGGGCUUUGUGUUUUACUUGUUAAUCAUGGCAAUUGCUUCCUUGGGACUUUUGGCUAAGGCCAAAUUCUCUGUCGGGAACUACUUUGAUUCUUGGAAUAGGAUUAUACUGGAUGGAUUCUUUGGUGGUCUCAUGGUAUGAUUCCAGAUGCUUACCUGCCUAG